AAUGCGUACAUCUCGAGAGAUCGAGAGAUCGCAUAAGAAAUGCGAUGAGAACUACGCAUAAUUAUAUAGAGGUUGAUAAUUAAAGGACGUAUUGAUUUUGUGCGUAUCGCUUUUGCGCAAAUCUGUCUGGACUUUGACAUUUUAUUUUGAUAAGAGAGGAGGAUAAGAGAGGAGAGAAAAUAGAUACAGAAACACUGGCGCACAUGUAUACAAUACAAUAAGAUGUGAUUUAAUAAUGACAUCGGUUCUGAAUUUGAAUAAACAUCUAUCUAUCCUUUCGAAAAUUGCUAUAUGCAAAAGCUAGAUAUAUUUAUUUAUUUAUUUCGAAUUGGAUUGUGCAAGUCAUGAUACGCAUGAAGUGUUUAACUGCACCUAAGAACUGCUUUGAAGAACUUUGAUGGAAAUGACAGAGACACAAAACGACAGUAUAUACGAUUCAAUAAUCAUGUAUUACGAAGAACGGGCUAAAAAAUGCCAGGCGUUUUUACAACAUCCCAACGUUCGUAAAUUUAUCCUCAGAUUUAAGGAGCAGUUAGCCCACAAUCCAUUUCUGCAGGUGGCUACCUUCAUUGCAUUAGCGUCGCUUCUUGCACCUAUCUUCUUGUUUAUUAUAUUUGGUAUCGUCAGUGCUGUAUUCGUAUUUAUUGGUUUUAUGAUGGUUCAAGGGACAGUAUUGGCUAUUGGCGCGAGUAUUUUAAGCUGUGUACUUUUCUGCAUCAUAAGUACUAUUAUAAUGGUAGGAUUAUUUAUCCUUUGUGUUCAUUACACAUUGUAUUAUACAAACCGUGUGUUUAAUCUUUUGGUCUCUAAAACCUAAUAACUGUACAUAAAGGUUUGAUACAAAUAUG